AUGGGGCGCUCGCGCGGGGUGUCGACCAACCCCGGGGAUGAAGACCUAAGUCACAGGUGUGUUGGUUAACUUCUUUGAUCUGUUCUCUGUGCAUCCCUUGUAUGAGUGUUCCUCCCGUUUUUUCUCCUUAAUCCUGUAUUUUUCUCGUUAAUUUUCCCUCUAAUUAGUUUUUCUGUUCAAUCUGUUGUAUUCCUUUCCCCUCUUGUAUGGCUACUCGUCUCUAAGAGAAAGAAUAAUGCUGUUAUUUUUUUGUUUCAGUAUACUGCGUCUUUAAUUGUUUUCAGUAGCCGGUCAUACUCCAGCAUGGUUAAUGCACUCUUUUUGCUGUAAAAAAAUGGUAAAAAAUUGAUAAGCUAAUGAAAUUCAAAGAAAGCAUAAAAAAAUUGGUCUACUCGGAAGAUAUUUAUAAGAAGUAAGUGUAUAAACAAGAUAGGAACCAGAAGUAGAUAGGCCAGAUAAAAACCUUCCGACUGGUUUGCAGCGUAUGCAUGUAUCAUAAAGUAAUGCAACCAACUAUCUUUUGGGUUUUUCCACUCUAGUUCGAGAUUAGAGUUAACUACACUCUAGUUAACUACAUGUAUAAAAUGUAAUGCACUCGGAUCAAGUGUCCUAUGGAGCCAUGUCCAAAAUGUACAGACGACAAGAAGUUACUGUGGCCAUGAACUGACGUAAAUUACGCAUCAAUAUGUAUGGCAUAGUCAUAAAUUGUGGUCUAACGCUAACAUCAUGUCACCAAGAAAGGCCUAAAAGGAUUUCUUGUUAUCCAAUAAAUGAAACGCCUGUGUCAUGCUGGUAAAAUCGUCAGUCAGCCGGCCGAGAGUUUCCAACUUGGAUAUUAGAGUUAUGCUGCUCAAAGACAAGUGCAUCAGAAGAGUUGCAGCUGAGGCUUGUUGUGACACCUAACUGAAAAAUACAAUUAGGAAGCCAUCAAGACAGCUAUAUUUCUGUUAGAAAACAUGCUGUAGCGAGAAGUCGUCAUUGUUUUAUCUUUUUAGCGUUACAACACUGUGGUGCAGUCCACGUUCAUUUGUCGGAAGGAAAUCAGAAAGUGCCUAAAGUUGCCUCAGUGUUAAAAAGAAGCUCUAGAAAUUCCUUUCUAUAAAAUAUAAGUUUAUUAUCUACAUUUCAUUUGUAUUUUACUUAUAAAAUUUGUUUUUAUGUGAAAAGGAGUAUGAUUACUUUACUUCAAAGGUUAUUCCCUGCAUAAUUGAAGCCCCCAAAAUUAUGUUGUUAUAUUUGAACCACUUUUAGGUAGCUUUAUAUACUUCAGUAUAUAUACAUACGCAUGUAGUAAUAUCUCAUUUUUUUAGAUGUUAAACAUGAACGAUUGGGUCUGUUUGAUUUCCUAGUCUUGUUUCAAUCUUGUGGAUUUCGGAAUUCCUGUGCUUCUUAAUGGUGAAUAGAGUUAGGUCCGGGAUGAAUCUGAGACUAUCUAUUCCUUUUUUAUUGUUUCCCUCAUGUGUAUUAUAAUUAUUUAAUUUAAUUUUUUUCACUUGACUACUUUUGCAGAUCAAAACGAAGAAAGGCUCCUUCAAGUGCAGAAACUUUAGAGAAUGUAACUACAGGUGUUCUUUUGUUUAUGAAUUUUCUCCUGUGAAGUUGGAACUACAUAGCAAUGCUCUUUCAUAAGUCUUCAUAUAAACCCCGCUUGAUCUGGUGAUGCAUGAGGAAGCUCAUAUCUCUCGGUGUUUCUCUAGUAUGCCUUUUGUUCAAUUUUUCCAAGACAUUUGUUUCUAAUUUAUCUAGUCUUCUGAGAGACUAUUUGAUUUAAAAUAUUAAUCCUUGUUAGUGUGUGUGUUUUUUUUCCAAACACAGGUUCUGGAGCUGGUGAUGGGAAAAAGGCACUAUACCACUGCAAUUACUGUAACAAGGACAUAUCAGGAAAGAUCCGUAUUAAGUGCACAAAAUGCCCUGAUUUUGAUCUAUGUGUGGAGUGCUUCACUGUGGGCGCUGAAGUUCAUCCACACAAAAGCAAUCAUCCCUACAGGGUUAUGGUUCGUGACAUGAACUUAGAAUACUAUUUUUCUGGUGUUGCAUCGCAUAUUCACAUUGCCCACUUACAUUUCAUCACUGAUCUACUUCUACUGACCUUAAGAUCACUCCUAAAAUUCUGGGCAUAUUGUACUCUCAAACCAAUUUUCUCCUUCCCAAUACCUAUGAGUCACCUGCUCUUCUGUUCGAUUUAGUGUUAUGUAAUUGUCAGUGUGCAUAAGAUAGGUGACCAAUCCAAAGAGACCAAUUUGGACGUACAUGAGAAGAGAUUGGUAAGAAAACAUGACUUUUCGUAGUUCACGAAUGUAGGUAAGUAGAAACGUCAACUCUGACAACACAAUGAAAACUAACUCUUGGAAAGUUUCGAAGUCCAAUACGAGUUUCUUAAAAGUGGAAUGACUAGAGCUUCAGGUAGUCAUGGAGAAUUUAGGGAAACGAUGAAGCCAAAGCAGAUUACUGUGGGAAAAAUGAUUAAAUGGGAAAAAAUUACCAUCUUUUCUCAAUCGUUGGCUAGUUUCAUAAACAGAUGGCUGAAGAUUUAAUUUGUAAAACAAGGGGACCAGUGGUUCUAGGAGAAGGCUUCCGUUUUAGUUGUUUGUAUCAUUUAGUGGAACGAUUUAUUGAAAGAAAAAUAUAGUGGUUUUCCCGUUUGCAAUCUGGAUUGGCAGUACAUUUAGUGGAGAAGGAAUGAAGAAAGAUUCUUUAGUCUGGAAGUGAACAAGCCUCCAGGAGAUGUCCUGAAUUUCGUUCUGUUUAGUUUGUGGACAAACGGUAACUUAUAUCCAAAAUUUCGAAAUCCGUUGAAAGCAUAUUGAUGGGAACAGAUUAAAUUGAAUUGUUUCGUUUAAAUCGUGAAAGAAUGACGGAUAGUAAUGAAUUUCUUAAAUACAAAGGUAACAUUUACAAUUUAGAUUUGAUUUAUCGCUCUUUUAUAGUAUUCUGAUAUCAGUAUGUGCAAUUUGACUUUGCCUAAUUUAGUUGUGCCAUUUAGCUCAUGAACCCUAGUUCAUGUUUUUUUCCCUUGUGCACUUUAUCGUUUAAUGGACGAACUUGGUUAUUUGAACUGAUUUUUCAUUUAUUCUUUUUUCAGGACAGUUUGUCUUUUCCACUUUUCUCACCAGAGUGGAAUGCAGAUGAAGAAAUUCUCCUCCUUGAGGUAUAGAUGAAUGACCAGUGAUCAGGGCACACUUGACCAUGCCUUGCUGCGUGAUUGUGAAAUAUGCCAAUCAAUAACGAAAAUUGUGAAAUAUGCCAAUCAAUAACAAAAAUUGUGAAAUAAGCCUAUAACUAAUGGCUGUGCCCACAUGCUUCUAGGGGAUAGAAAUGUAUGGCCUGGGGAAUUGGGCUGAAGUUGCAGAGCAUGUUGGGACGAAGAGUAAAGGACAAUGUAUUGACCAUUAUACGGCGUAUUACCUGAAUUCUCCAUGCUAUCCACUUCCGGUAGGAUAUAUCAUGAUUUAUAUUUAAUGGUUUGAGAGUGUGUUUCUUUUACUUAUGGUUUUAUAUUUCCACAGAAUAUGGCUCAUGUUGUUGGAAAGAAUAGGAAGGAACUUCUAGCCAUGGCCAAAGGGCAUGUUGAUGGUAAAAAGGGUUAGUCAUCAUUUUAUCAAAAGUUGUUUUGGUUGAAGUACAGUGGAACCUCUCUAUAAAUGACUUUUCUCACUGUAUUCUUGUAUAUUCCGAUUGAACUCAAAUCUUAAAGCACCAAGUCUUUACUAAGUAGGACGGGAUAGACUGAAAUCAUUGGUAAAGUCUAUCUAACGCACCUAUGGAUACUUUGUUUAGCAGGAACCUGUCUCUACAUAGCAGUACCUAUUCCCAGUAAACAGUUUUAUUGCACUUUUUACAACUAUGCUAUCUAUUAAUUUAAAGGCGUUAUCUGAACAGCGACAGUAAGUGAGUGAGUAUUUUGUUGAAAACUCAAACUGCAUAAUAGCACCUCACAGGAAUCUGUUAGCCUUCUUCUGUCCUGUGGAUGUCGUUAGUUGGAAUUGCCCAAAUGUGUCAGUGUAAUAAACAUGUAAUUGAUUUAUGUCCUUUAAAAAACAUUUGUACAUUGCUUCUAUAAUCUUGUAAAGGUCUGUGUUCUUACAUCAUUUAUUUGUUAAAUAUUGCAUAUAAUAUUUUCGAAAAUGCGUCAGUUAUUCUCUUUAGAACCCAUGAGAGGAAGGUCUAUUCCUUGAGAAAAAUAAUCAUUCCUAUACCUCCAUCUUCUCAAAGGUAUCUAAAGAGAAUUUUUUUGGCAAAUUAUACCCAAACCAUUGUCCUUUGAAAAGAAUAUAGUACUCUUGCAGCAUUAAACUGGUUGAAUCGGGGAGAGAUCAGGGAUACACGUUAUGUAACACAACGCUUUCGUCAUGGCAGCUAACUGUAAACAUUUGAUAGGAUAUUAUUAUCUUAUCUCCUCUGUCUCUUUCAACUUUCGAGGCCUAGUUACUUUCUGGUCACAUCCAAAUGACAAUUUAUAAAUUCAUGAAGGUAUGCCACUCAGCGCUGACUCAUUCUGCAUUUUCACACCUAAAAAAAUAUACCAAAUUAAACUAUAGUUAGAUGCGCAGAUAACCCUCUCAUAUAAUUUAAUUGGGUUCGUUUGACAAACAAUCUUGUGCUCCAUCUCAGGCAUUCAUUCAACAUUGGAAAAAUAUCUCAGGCACAUAUACACGUACAGAAUGACUAAUCAAACGUGGGGCUUUGAUUUUAAGAGCAAACGGGAAAAAAGUUUGCCAAAGUCAUUUACAAACAUAUGAACGUCUAAAUGACGUAAAACAUUUAUCAGCAUUGCUAAGUUAGCCGUAAGUUUCCUUCCAUCAUGUCUCAUUUAAGAAAAAAACUUUUCCUUUGCUUGUUUAAAUUAUGUUACCAAGAUAAAAACAUUGGGUAAAUCCUUGGUGAAUGGGUCUUUAAUGGGGUAAGACGUUUCUGGAUCCUCGUGUCUCAAGUUUUAUUACAAACAGGUCUCUGCAAGCCACAUAAGUCUUUCUUUCCGCAUUGCAUUGCAGCAUGAUCUUGGAAGAUGGCAGUUUAUUGGAUUCUUGCACUUCCUCAGUAUAAUCUUCCAUUAAUAGCUUGCUACACCCUCCAUUUUUUCAUAACAUUUUCCUUAAAAUGCUACCCUGUUAUAGAAAAUGGAAUUUUCUUUGAUAUGUAGCUAGAUUUUCUCUUCCCUGUCCAUGUUAAUUGUUUUACGUUGCUUUGUUAAUUAAUCUUUUUUUAUAUACUAUAAGCCCUCUGAACCAGAAACUACGUCAUGAUGAGCUCUAUUUCCACUAAUUUGUGUUUUAUAUUCUCAUAGGAUUCCCAUUAGCUGGGGAGACCACACCAAAGGAAGAUUCACCUUUCUCACCUUCAAGGGUCAAGUAUGGCUAACAACAAUAACCAGUUUCUCUUUUUCUGCCUCUUCAAUCAUCAUUAAUUUUUUAUCAUUCUGCUAUAGGCUUGAAGAUUUAAGUAGAGAAACUCCAACACGCCAGUCACCCUCAAGCUUAAUAGCUGGUAUUUUUUGAAAGAUCAUGAAUUUUUAUAUCCCAUUGAAUCUUUCCAUUUUGUUCAUUUUGUGGAGUGAUCUAAUAUGAAGUACACUUCAAUGCUUUGUUCAUUAGAUGGGGAUUCUGUUGAUGCGAAGGCCGGUGUUCCUAGCAACAGUACAGGUGCAUCGUCCGCAGGUGCUAGUAAGAAGGCUUCACGGAUGAUGCAUGCAAAGGAAGGUUCUGACAGAGUAAAGGUUGAAGGGUUGGCAUCUUCUGAAGGUAUCAGAGAAGAUGUUGUUUCUCAAGUUGUCGUAUUAUAUGAAAUCUGAAUCGUUUUAUUGCGUGGUAUUCUUGAAAGAGUUCUUACUCAAGCCUCAUAUCUUCAAAAUGUGAUGUGUUGUCAUACUCUUCUAUUUCUAGUAGGUAAUAUGACAGUUCAGAGAACGUUAAGCUCAGAGGACUAUUUCAUUAAAUAGUUUCGUUUCAGUCGCAAUUUGUCCAGGGAAAUCCUGUCUGAUACCAUAAAAGAUUUUUGAUUUUACUUUAGGUCUGCUUGAUUUUUUAUAUGGUUGCCAUAAUACAAGACAUACGCAAAUUGUUGUAUAUAUGCACCAAAAUGUAUGGAGCCAAAAAUUAACAAACCCUGAUCGGUGAACUUUCUUUGGGAGAAAUCGGGGUGGAGGCGUUAUUCCUCCUAUGAAAUUGUCAUGGGACAUAAACAAAUUGUUCCAGAGAGCAGAUUCAUUCCGUUAUUAUGUCUUCAACUGGUGAAGCAUGUAUUCUAGUUUAUGGAAGCAAUCCUUAGUGAACUGCUCAAUGGGAACAAGGUACUGAUAAUCUGUGGAACCCCAAAGAGCUGAAUAUGUCAUUGUAAUGAUAAAAGGGUAGGACACAAUCUAUUGACUUUCAAUGAAAAUAGAUGGCUGCAUUGUUGAAAAUAGAUGGUUUUAUUCCAAGUGACUCACAUGAGUCUGGCUGAGGUUCCAAAAUUUCCAAUAUAGAUACACACGAGUCGGUAGGCCAGACAUUCGCACGGGAUAUUUGCUACAUACAGCGGAAUGGUGGGUAGAUCCAUAAAAAUUGUUCAAUUUUCCAUUGAGUUUUUAAAUUUGAGUGUUUGACGCCAACUUUGCUUAGCCUUUAACCAACCAUGCUCGGGAGCAGAAUUCCAAAUUGAGAGCUCUUUAUGUUCUGAGGAUUUAUUUAGUUGGAAUCGUUGCUAUUUAUUGGGAGCUCUCUAUGUGUAUUCUGUAUCUCUUGCAUUGCCUUUGUGAUUUGUACUAGUUUAUAGAAUCUGGAUUUAGUUUUAGAAAUUCAAUUGCAUUUCGUAUCCGGGAUUAUUAUUUGGGUUUUUGAAUACCUAUCCCUAGAGAGGAGUAUGAUUUGUUCUGUAAGAAGAUUAUGAUUUAGCUUACAUAUUUGAAAUAGACAAAAAAAAUGGUUUGUUCUGGCUUUAACCCUUUUGCUGAUUUAUUUUGCUGAUGGUUUUGACUUAGUACUCUUCUCUUGGCAGAAGGUCACGUGGACAGAAGUGUUGGGAUAAAGAAACCCAAAUAUUCUGGAGAAGAAUUGCCUAUCACUGAGCUGUCUGGAUACAACCCCAAAAGGCAAGAGUUUGAUCCAGAGUAUGACGCUGAUGCAGAGCAGUCAUUGGCAGAGAUGGAAUUCAAAGAAACUGACUCUGAAACUGAUCGUGAAUUGAAGUUGCGGAUUUUGCAUAUUUACUAUUCUAGGUGUGUAUUUAUUAUUUUUAGUGAUUUUGAUUUGCUUCUUUUUUUUGUAUCAUUCAUAUCUUAUAGAGGUGCACUAAAUUAAUUAUAGGUGCAUGCGUACCCUAGCACCAGGCUUUUCCAAAAGCUGUACAUGCUAUUAAAAUAGAAAAUAUAUUUUCUGUGCCAUAUCCAGUCAUUCUUCUGUGUUUUGGAAUUUUUUGCAAACGGACGAUCUUAUGCAUGUUCAUUCAAGCAUUCAAUGGCAUGCUUUUGACCAACGAGAAGAACCAACUCCAGUGCAUGCCAUAAUGACUAAAUGGUCAAGGGAAAAGUGGACGAAUCUUUCAUCUUAAAAACUAUGGCCGACAUGAAGUCUUAUUACGCCUCUUGGUUUCGAACUGAAAGACCACUUUAUUUGCAUCGAGGAACCAUUACCGCUAGUUUUUUAUUUUUACUUUUGUUUAUCGUGCACUGUAAUUCUUUUUGCAGGCUUGAUGAAAGGAAACGGAGGAAGGAUUUCAUACUAGAAAGAAACCUGCUUUAUCCUAGCCCAUUUGAGAAGGAACUAUCAAGUGAGGACAGAGAAAUAUAUGAGCGUUAUAAGGUUUUCAUGCGCUUCCAAUCCCAGAAGGAACACGAGGAAUUAAUCCGAACACUAAUUGAGGAGCGUAGAAUUCGUAAAAGAAUUCAAGAGCUUCAGGUAUGUUAUUGACUUGUAUGGUAAUAUUUUUUUCACUUUUCCUCGGUCGAUUACAAUGCGAUCAUAUCUCUUUUUCCUGGUUUUCUUGCUGAUUUGCAGUACUGCGGGCCAUUUAUUUUUAUGGUAAUUAUUUAGGAAUUCUUGAAUCCACAUUCAGCCGAAAACCUAAUAAAACCUAUCAUGUAUGUAUGCUUGGAUCACAAAGCCCACCACCGUAGUAGUGCCGAGCUUCUUCUUAGUUUUACUGAGAGACAUCGGGAUGCUUUCAAGUGAUGCCGUUUCCACUUGCUUUUGCUUUUAGAACAUGGAAAAUUUUCCCUUCAUAGUGGCGCACAUUUACGCUGCUUCCUUCCUAAUCUGUUUUCCAGGAGUGCAAGGCUGCUGGGUGCCGUACGAGAGCCGACGCUGAUGCAUAUCUGGCAGAGAAGGCGAAGAGGGAACUGGAGAGUAGCGGCCGUAAGGUUCGGGAGGCUGGUCAGGUUUCUACAGGCAGCAAGGGCCCGCAAAGGACGAACCGAACGGUGAACAGGGAGAAGGGAGAAUACGACGGAAGCCCUCGGAGCACCAUCGAUAGCCAAAAGGCAAAAGGUGGCGGUGGGUUGGACGCCGGUGGAAGAGAUUUGACUCCGGGGAGCGCUGGGCCGCUCGGUGUGAAGUCAGAGGAUUGGGAUAUCACUGGACUUCCUGGAGCAGAUCUGCUCAGCGAAUCCGUAAGAACACUGGCUUCUGUUAUCUUUCCCUCCCAGAGUUUUCUUUUAUGACUAAAUCAGGGUGAUUGGUCUCAAAAACUGGUGGUGAUCCUCAGGAACAACAGCUGUGCUGCGAGAGCAGGCUGCUGCCGAGUCAUUUUCUCAAGAUGCAGGAGGUACUGGUGACUGAGAUAAUGAAGGGGACCGUCCAGCAGAAGGGCGACGCCCACGGGCUCUUCAAGGUUGACCCGGGCAAGGUGGACAGAGUCUACAGCGUGGUCGCGAGGAAGCUGGGUAAGCGAGAGGAGCCCGCCGUCGCUUGA